AUGUUCCGCUUUAUCGUGACAACCUUCCUUGCCCUACUUGCCUUGACGGCAUCGGCAUCGGCUAUCCCUGCCCUCCCCGGCGCCAAUCCCGGAGAUCCCAUAUCAACCUUCAGAACAAAGGCCUACCCAGACGGGCCCGAUCUCAUCCUCAACGGCACCGCUGCCGGGGUCUACGCCCAGCUGAAGGAAAUCAACCCCAACUUCGACGAAGACUUCAAAGGCGUCCCAACGGUGAUGGAUGUAAUUUCCACCACCAGUGACCACUUCGACCCGGUCUCGGAGCUUGAAACCCAUACCCUUUCCAAGCGCCACUCGCUCAGCUGCGUGUCGAACGAUGACGCUAACGACGCCUCGGUUGACCGUAUCAAAGAGGGGAUUUCGCAUCUCCGUGGAGUUGACGGGAAACCUACGCUUGCUGCAGGGAAGUGUGAGCGUGUUAGUUGUUCAUGGGGGGAUGCGAUCCUUUGGUGUAAUGAUGCUACCAAGACCCGGUCACUCCCAUCAUACAACAACAUCGCCGACGGCGCGCAGACCAUCAUGGAUGGCUGCUACAAACGCGGAGAAUCCACUAGGGGGUUCGGUGGCUCACUCGACCACCCAGACAAAUGGAGGGUUAUCGUCGAUGGCUACAAAUAUAGAAUUAACCAGGACUGGCAAAUGAGAUAUAAUUGUUAG